UUCUGUCAAUUUUAGUCUGUUCUUGUUCUUCUUUUUUCCCUCAGUCAUUCCACUUUUUGACUUUGUUUAAGAGGAAUCGUUUUUAGAGUAAAAGCUUGUUGCCAUAUUCAAGUUUUUUUUUUCUGUAUGGUUGUAUGGUGGUUGUCUUAUUCCCAGCUAAUUUACCUUUGCUAGAACCCCUUUUUGUCUAGUUUUAUUGGGCAUCUUUGGCUAUGUGAAUAGGUAGUCAAGUAUAUUCUGUAUUGUAAAUGUCCUUUUGGUGCUUUAUGUCAAAAUGUCUGGAAAUAGCCAUUGUUUCGUCGAGUGGAAGGAGGAGUUUGUUUCACAGGAGCGCGGCAAUCGUGUGGUUCACUAUUUCUUGAAGGAUUCCACUGGGGAAUCCAUCCGUGCUGUUAUCGGUACUGAGAGGAGUGUUAGGCACAUGUUUUACACUGUUGCUGAGGAGUUUGUGAGAGCAUAUGGUGCUGAGCAUUCGAUUCAUGCUGGUUUCAAAUGGAGGUCAAGAAGAGAGGUUGUGGAUUGGCUUACAUCUAUGCUCUCAAAGCAGCAUCUCGAGGGAGAUCGAUCUAAGUCUCCAAAACAUGACACACUGCCGGCUUUUCUGUCUCCUGAUUGUGCAAUGAUUGAGAGCCACUUUUCGAGAAAUUUGAAUGGACAAAGUUCGGAUAUUGUUUGGUCAGGCUCUGCAUGGACAUGUGGCAAACAUCUCAAGCAUUUCCCAGCAUUUUGCCGCAGUGGAACCACAAUAGCGGUUCAAUCUUUUGUCUUUGUCAUGGCUAAAGGAGAGAAUCACUAUCUUGCUUACUUGGAAGACAUGUACGAGGACAAGCGUGGGCAGAAGAAGGUGAAAGUGAGGUGGUUUCACCAUACUAAGGAAGUUAAGGGUGUCAUUCCUGUAAGGAAUCCUCACCCCAAAGAGGUUUUCAUCACUCCUUAUUCACAAGUCAUUAGUGCAGAGUGUGUUGAUGGUCUUGCAAGUGUCUUAACCCGUGAACAUUAUGAGAAAUGUGCAGCUGUUUUCCCUGACGCUUUAUUAGCUAGAGCUCAUAUAUGCUCUAGGCAGUUCAGAAGUAAAAAAGUGAAGCAGUUUGAUUUGAGUAAAUUGCGUGGUUAUUUUGAUCAACCGAUUCUCUCAUGUUUAAGUUCCACUUUGUCCUCAGAACCUGACUCCCCGAGCCAUGGCCUAAAUGAGGAAGAUGAUGAAGAACUAAGUGCCGGUGUAAAUGUAAAGCUGGGAAAUAAGAGGUCCAGAACUAUUAGCAGUAGUCAAAGGUUUGUGACAGAUAAUUCAGGAAAUAGGAUUUCUAGUAAUCACUUGGUGUCUUAUGAAGCUUCAUGCAAGAAAAUAAAAUAUGCUUUGUCUGGAAAGAGAUUGCUCUCCCUGGAGCAUGCCGCGAGUCAAUAUUGGCAUGGGUCACUUUUCAAGUUUGAUGAAAAGAUAGAGAUGCUGUGCCAAGAUAGUGGGAUCCGAGGCUGCUGGUUCAGAUGUACAGUUUUACAAGUAUCAAAAAAACAGAUGAAGGUCCAAUAUGAUGAUGUGCAGGAUGAGGAUGGAUAUGGUAAUCUUGAGGAAUGGAUCCCAAUUUGCAAGCUUUCUAUGCCUGACAAACUUGGCAUGAGGUACUCAGGUCGGCAAACAGUAAGGCCUGCUCCUCCUAGCACUCAAAAAGAACUUGCUCUGGAGAUUGGGGUUGCUGUUGAUGCAUGGUGGAGUGAUGGCUGGUGGGAAGGGGUUGUAACUGCGGUUAACAGCAGUGGUGAUGACAAUGUGCAAGUGCAUUUUCCUGGUGAAAACUUAUUCCUUAACGUGCACAAAAAGGAUCUAAGGAUUUCCAAAGAUUGGGAUGGGGACCACUGGAUUGACAUUGAGGCCAGACAGGAUAUACUCUCUUUGAUAUCUGAUGCCAUUAGCCCGGACAUGGACAUGAAAGUUUCCGUGUCCACUACUCCUGUCAUGGAUGCAAAGCUUGGUGGUGGCACAAUUCCAGUUGAAGCUGUUGCUGCCAAAACUAUUACUGAAAUGGAAAAGCCUGAGUUAGCUUUUCAGGACUGUUCUGAUAACCUCGUAGAAGAAACUGGUGGUAAGGAGCUUGCAUCAUUGAACGACGGAAAAGAUGGGGAUGCUAGUGAUGGCAAGAAGCCUCCACCAUCUGAAAAUGGUAAAAUUGCUAAUGCCAGUGAUAAACUAAACGGUGUGGAUGGUAAUAAUGAAAACAACAACACCAACAGCGAUGAUGAUAGGAAGGCAAAUUAGAGGCAGAAAAUGACAUGGAGCAGAACUGUAAAAGUAAGGAAGUCAUGGAGGUGAGAACCUAGAAUGUUUCUGAUGGGAUAGAUUCUUUUGUAAUGGGGAUGUUGGUACUAAUUUCAACUAACAUGAUUCCAGUUUUAAGUUAAGACCUUCUGUAAAUAGUGGUGCAGGCAUAGCACGAAAGUUGCUGCCAUUUGUCGUGUUUGACUUGGUGGCCUUGGUCAGUGUACAGAAACAAGGUUAGCAUUCUGUGGUUUUUGUUGUAGCAAUUAUUUGUAUCUGAAAUAGGAUUUGCACUUGAAGAUCUUUGGUAAGGAGAUCUUCUAGAAUGGAGCUAGUUUUUAAGUUUCUUAGUCAUGGACUCUGUCGUCUCUUGUAACACCAGAUCUGUGUCCUCUUGUAAUGGGAAUUUU